AAAUGUUAUCUAAAAAUAAUUAUGUACCAAACUUCCAUAUCAAUAACGCAGCUAUGAUGAGGUCACUUGUGUUGCUAUAUUAUAUUCUAAUAAAAUGGGCACUUGUCCAAGGAAUCAAUAAUACGGAGUCUUGGCUUGAAAUUUUCAAUACGACUGAUUUUAAAAACAGCACCAACUCUACUCUCCUUCGUUAUGGUCAUCAACAAAUCAAAGAGUGUAAAGAUUUCGAAAAAACUUACAACUGUAUACAGGGUUGUCUGAGCCGCGAUUACCAGAUUGCUAAAGCUGAUAAAGAUUGCAGGUGUUUUUGUCUAAAAGACGCAACAAAAGCUAAAUAUUUUGAUCAAAUUUCUGUAACAAAAAGAGCCCCUACAACCACAAUACCUGGUAAAUUUGUAAGUACGACUACAACUAUCAAGUACGAUGAUAAUAAUUACGAGAAUGACGAUGAUCCUGAAGACUUAGUACAAGUAGUCAGUGAAAAAGUUCCACAACCCAUCGAAAACGGUUCAAUUUCAAAUGAGACAACCAAUGACGGGAAUUCAACCGUGGAGUCAACCACUGACGGAAAUUAUAUCGAGGACACAACCAGUGACGGAUAUUAUAUCGACGAGUCAACCAGUGACGCAAAUUAUAACGUGGAGACAACAAUGGAGGAGUGAUUCAAUAGAGAAUCAGUGAGAAUCAGUAAAAUAUUUUGUAAACUAUUCA